AUGGCCCUCAGCUAUGUUGGUGUGGCGGCCAUCAACCUGGUGGCUGCGCUGUUCUCCAUCCCGGUGAUCGCGGCUGGUAGCUGGCUGUCCUCACAAGUAGACAGCGCGUGCGUCCAGAUCCUCCAGUGGCCACUGAUUGGCCUCGGCGUCGCCGUCCUCGCCGUUGGUCUCGCUGGAUUCGUCGCCGCCUUCUGGCGACUGCCCUGGCUACUCCUUGCCUACUUCGUCGGCAUGCUCCUCCUCAUGGUGGCGCUCGCCGGCCUUGCUGUCUUCGUCUUCGUCGUCACCGCCAGCGCGUCGGGUCACCCCGUGCCUAGCCGGGCCUUCCUCGAGUACGACCUGGACGAUUUUUCCGGCUGGCUGCGUGGCCGCGUCGAUGAUCCAGGCAGAUGGGAGCAGAUCAAGACGUGUCUGGCCGCCACGCCCGUCUGCACGGCCGUCAACCAGACCUACGCCACGGCGCAGGAAUUGUUCUCCGCCUCGUGGCUCACCCCAUUGCAGUCAGGGUGCUGCAAGCCGCCCACCCGGUGUGGCUACACCUUCGUCACUCCGAUGUUCUGGAUUAGCCCCAUCAGCCCCACUGCCGACCCCGAUUGCACCGCUUGGAGCAACGACCAGUCCCAGCUCUGCUACUCCUGCGCCUCCUGCAAGGCUGGUCUUCUCCAGAACCUUCGUAGGGAGUGGCGCCGAGCGGAUCUCAUCCUCGUCGUCGCCACCGUCGCGCUCCUCGCCGUCUACGCAUUGGGGUGCUAUGCCUUCCGCACCGCCAAGACCGACGAGCUCUUCCGUCGCUACAGGCAGGGCUAUACGUAGCAAUCAUCCUCCCCUAAUAAUAUACAUGUAUACACUUUAAUU